AUGGGACUCAGUAACUGUGUUCUCUUCUCUACCCACAGCUCUUACCGCCUGGAUAAAAUCAACAGUGACAUGCGUAACUACAUCACCAAUUUUGCUGCAGACUUAAGUCAGAAUUACCAUCACUUGCAAACCAGAGACAUGCAUCCGAGCAUCGGCCUGGACCCUUCAACCAAUUACAACUCUCCCAAGUUUCGCUCCAGGAACCAGAGCUACAUGCGAGCGGUCAGCACGCUCAGCCAGGCCAGUUGUGUCAGCCAAGUGAGUGAGACCGAGGUCAACGGACAGUUUGAAUCCGUCUGUGAGUCAGUGUUUAGUGAAGUGGAGGCUCAGGCCAUGGAGGCCCUGGACCUGCCCGGCUGCUUCCGAACGCGCAGCCACAGCUACCUGAGGGCAAUCCAGGCCGGGUACUCCCAGGACGAUGACUGUAUCCCGCCCAUAACCUCCACUCUCACCUCCACCAUCCGGUCCACCACAGACAGAAAUUAUAUGCAGGAAGAGUCUUGUUUACCCGACCGGCCCAGUGUUCAUGAGAAGUUACCAGACACUACUCCUUUGGCUCAUGACGAUAUAGGCUGUCCCAUCAGGAGAGACAUCCCAUCACGUGUUUACCCACCAGAUACCAUGGGAGCCACAGCCAAACCUGUGUCUGGACCUCCUGUGUCUCCCAGUCUCUUCAGGUCACCAAGGUCCAAUUCCCCAGAGCGCUCUCCUAAAGCCAUCCAGGCCAGUAUCAAAGAAUCUGCCACCCUGGCUGCUGCCAUCAGUAUGCAGUGGAAGGAAGAGGUGUCCGCCAUGAGGCGAGAGUUGGCUGAUCUCCGGCAGGACCUUUGUAAAGAGUUGCGAGCUUUUAACAAUAACUUCAACACGUUCACCCAGCACUACAACACAUGGUCGCCUCAGAUUGGUCACAUGACUGUGAGAGUGGGACCAGGUUUGGGUGGAGGGUUGGUGGGUGAACAGGGCUUAGAAACUGCAACAAAAGCAAAAACAGGCGUAGAGUCAGCUGAAAAAUCUAAACCAUCUAAAAUAGACAGAGCCACUUUGGGGGCAAGGGAAAAGAAACCUGAAGUAUCUAAAGUAUCAGUGGGCACCCAGGCUCGGAGCAAAAUCCUGGUUCGGCAGAGCACUGCCGAUGCUGCGGUUAACUGUCCUGAUGAGAAAGAUGAAAAGAAAUCAGGCCGGAAAGCCAUCACCUACACACCCAGCUACAAGAAGGACCCCCCUCCUGUUCCGCCACGCAACACCUCCAAACCCCUCAUCUCCAUCACGGCUCAGAGCAGCACCGAAUCCACCCAGGACGCCUACCACGAGGGCCGCCACCGCACCUCCAUGUGGACCCCCGAUGGCCUCACCCUGGGCCUGAGUCCUGGCAGACCACUUUACAACUCCACGGACAGCCUGGACAGCACAAAGGCCGUCACGUUAGCUAUGGAGGCGGCCAAGGCCAUGGCGGGGAAAAGGCACCCAUCCACAGACAGCCAUAGCUCGGUGCUCACGUGCGACAAAGCCAUCCUGGUGUCCAAGGCAGAGGAGUACCUGAAGACGCCUCGCUCCUCGAUUGGAAUACAGGUGGAGGCGGCUACAGACUCGGAAUCAGAAAGUAAAGGCUUGCGGGAGUACCAUUCGGUCGGUACUCAAGUGGAGGACGACAAGAAAAGUCAGGGCCGGUUCAAGCGCUCCAACAGUGUAACCACCGCAGUCCAAGCAGACCUGGAGGUGGAGGGCUUUCCCAUCAUGGAGGACAAGGGGCUGCAGUUCGGAGGGGGCUUCCAGCGGCACUCUGAGCCCAGCACGCCCACUCAGUACGGGGCCGUGCGCACCGUUCGCACCCAGGGCCUCUUCAGCUACCGGGACGACUACCGUACCCCCACGGAGCCCUCCAGCCCCAGGGAGAGCAGCAGUGAGGCCACCUGGCAGCUGGAACCCCCCUCCUCACGGGACAGCACCUCCUCCCCCGUGGAGUCAGGCCGGGUCUCCCCCUCCCUGAGGAGAGACGGCACCUGGUUCAUGCAGCUGCUGCACAACGAGACCAAGAGGAUGGAGGGAUGGUGCAAAGAGAUGGAAGCAGAGGCCGAGGAGAACGAUCUGACGGAGGAGACCCUGGGCAAGAUCCGGAGUGCUGUGGGGAGCGCUCAACUGCUCAUGUCUCAGAAAUUCCAGCAGUUUUAUUGGCUGUGUCAGCAAAAUCUGGACCCCAGUGCCAUGCCCCGGCCCACCUCCCAGGACCUGGCCGGCUUCUGGGACCUGCUGCAGCUCUCCAUCGACGACGUCACCAUGAAGUUUGAUCAACUGCAGGAGAUCAAGAACAACAACUGGAGGCCUUUGGAAAGCCCUGAGAAAAAGCUGCCAGCCUCUGUACCAAAGAAAAUGGUGCGUCAGCGAAGUGGCAUUGUGCGAGAGAAGUCCCUGGACCUGCCCGACCGACACCGGCAAGAGGCCCGGCGGAGGCUCAUGGCGGCGAAGAGAGCGGCCUCCUUUAGACAGAACUCUGCUUCAGAACGGGCGGACAGCAUCGAAAUCUAUAUCCCCGAGGCUCAGACAAGACUUUGA